CUACUAGAGCACUAGAGUAGGGGCAUAAACCCAACAGAGUGAAGCUACCCAGUGUCAAGAAUCCACUUACUUUCGGGGAUUUGAAGGAGACUGAAUAGAAUCACUUCUCUUGAGAAACUCAAAGUAUAAGACCAGUAAAGAAACAGAAAGUAUUAUAUAACCAAGCAAAAGUUGGAGCAGAGAAAGGAAGGACGUGGUUAUGCAGUGCAGAUUCCAAAGAAGUCUUCAUUUGUAAGAAUUCGGAUUUGUAAGAAGCCAGCCAGUUAACUGAGCACACCUUCUCUCCAAGACAAAGAAUCCACAGACACAAACCGCAGAGGCCUGAAGCACCACUCAGAUUUCGCCCGUGGCUCCCUCUGUACCCAGUAUUGAAAUACACCACUGUCUGCUCCAGCCGUUCAGGAAAGACAAGUACAAAACAAAUAAGAAAGUACUUUGUGCUUAGGAUUGCGAUCAGCGCCCAAGUUGCUUUGAGUAAGACCAGGGAAGAACUAAUUCUCGGUCCUAAGUACAAAGGCCAUUGAGAGGCAGAGGGGACAGGGCUUUAGCGGUAGGUGAACUGGGCUUUAAGGAGGAGCAGUAACAGGUCAGUCCUGGGAGAACGGGGUGGAGAAAAAGUUGGUUUGAAGGAAGGAUUGGGGCAGAAGAGAGGGUGGGGCAAGUGGGCUCCGCCUUCUGCCUCUGAGUUCCAGGUCAGCGACCGGUUUUCUGUGUCCCAAGGAGACAGUUGGUGUCCCUGUGGCCUUGUUGUGUCUUGGUUCACAUUCUCCUCCAUCCAGAGCAUGGGUUGACUCAACUGUGGCAGACAGCAAGUCAGGCUGAGAGGUGCCCUGGGAGGGACCAUGGUGCCAAGGCAGUUGUGGGGGAAACUGAAGCAGUCAUUUCUCUUCCUGAGCAGCGCUUCGCUCCUUCUGGGACUGGCUUUACUGGUCAUACAGCCUGACAUUGCCCCUUUUGCUUAUUUCUUCCUCUGCUUGGCUGGCUUCUGCUUUCUUGCCUGCCUCCUGUCCUGUGCGGUGGAACGGAGCCUCCGAGCAACGCAGAGCUCAAGGCCGACUGAGAAUUCAGAGGCCCCAGGCAAUGCACGGGACAAUGAGGCUUUUGAGGUACCAACCUAUGAACAGGCCGUAGUGAUGGACUCAGAAACACAGCACCACCUCCAAGAGCUGGAGCAACCACCCCCUUACAGCAGUGUCGUUAUAGCCCCAGGAGUUGAGGGGGCGCAGCCUAGCCAGCUAGAGAGGCCCAGCCCAGGAAGGCUGAAGAGACGAGUGGGCUCAGAGGGGACAAUGUCUCGCAGAGGAAAUGCUGGAGGAGCUCUUCGACUUAGGGGCCCACGAGUUGCAUCCACUGCUCCCGAUCUGCAAAGCUUGAGGGUGGCCCCCAAACUGGAGCCCACUACUCCACCCCCUGCCUACGACAUCGGUUUUGCUUACCCUGAAGAUGACAAUGUUUUCUAUGAAGACAAAUGGAUACUUCCCUAGGCAAUGCUCUCAGAACCUAUCAUCGCGGCCCUCCUCUGCCCAGCAUUUCUAACUAUUUAAUCAGAAACUGGUUUUGCCCGGACAUCAUAGACAGGGUCUUCAAACCUGCCCGGAGGCAGACUAUGGAAAGUCCUUCCCAUUUGAGAUACGGGUGGCAGUUGGAUUCAUCUGGAAAAAUUCUGGAGCCCAUCUGACGUCCAGCAUUUCCAGAGUAAGGGGGAAAUGAGAGAGAGAGAGAAACUGGAACGUUACCUCGGAGUGACAGUUGUUUCAUCAAACCUCGCUUAGAUUCCUGGUGGGGUAUUACAUAACAGGGUAAUUAGAGACUCUAAGGGUGGGGGGGGGGCUGGAGAGUUUUCACAAAAACAAGAUGCUAGUAA